ACACAUACAAUUGCCUUGGGUGAAUUUAACUUUGGGGUUGGUGGGUUCUUGGAAUGGAGUAUGGGUGUUGAACUCGUGAUUUAGCUGUUUUGUUUUUAGCUCUUUCAAACAUGUCCUUGAGGUUCAUAAUAUGGAAUUAUGGACUAUUUUGGCGUUGGACUUGUUUAUUUUCUGCCUAUUUUUUCUGAGAAUAAUUUGUUAAGAUAAUUUACAUAUGUACAUCUGAUCUCUGAUUAACUAUUGAAUUUGGAUGAAGUUUAGUUUUAUUUCCUGUCCACUAAGUUUUGGCUUUAACAGAUAGUUAAGAGAACAUGGGUAAUCUAUUCUGUUUAGUACAAGUUGAUCAAUCCACAGUAGCUAUGAGGGAACAAUUUGGCAAGUUUGUGGAAGUUAUGGAGCCAGGAUGCCAUUGCAUGCCUUGGUUUCUUGGGCAUCAGGUUGCUGGUCAUCUUUCUCUGCGUUUGCAGCAAUUGGAUGUGCGGUGUGAGACCAAGACAAAGGACAAUGUCUUUGUCAAUGUCGUUGCAUCUAUUCAAUAUCGUGCUCUGGCAGACAAAGCAAAUGAUGCUUUCUACAAACUCAGCAACACUAGGUCUCAAAUCCAGGCCUAUGUUUUUGAUGUGAUUAGAGCCAGUGUUCCAAAGCUCCUCCUGGAUGAUGCUUUUGAGCAAAAGAAUGAAAUUGCAAAAGCUGUAGAAGAUGAGCUUGAGAAGGCCAUGUCUGCUUAUGGUUAUGAGAUUGUACAAACUCUCAUUGUUGACAUAGAACCAGAUGAGCAUGUGAAACGUGCAAUGAAUGAAAUCAAUGCUGCUGCAAGAAUGAGGGUGGCAGCUAAUGAAAAGGCAGAGGCAGAGAAGAUUUUGCAAAUCAAACGGGCUGAGGGUGAGGCUGAGUCCAAGUAUCUGUCUGGGCUGGGUAUAGCUCGUCAACGUCAAGCAAUUGUAGAUGGUUUGAGAGACAGUGUGCUGGGCUUUGCUGUUAAUGUUCCAGGGACCACCGCAAAGGAUGUCAUGGACAUGGUCCUUGUCACUCAGUAUUUUGACACAAUGAAGGAAAUUGGUGCCAGCUCUAAAUCCUCUGCUGUUUUUAUUCCCCAUGGACCUGGUGCCGUCCGCGAUGUAGCCUCUCAGAUCCGUGAUGGACUUCUUCAGGGUUCUCACCAGUAGUUGGGCACUUCUACAAGCUUCUUGUUAUAUUGGUCUUUGGGAUCAUUGCGAUGUUCAGUGUGUUAAAGUUUUUGUUUCUUGGUGACCUUAAUUCUCCAUUGCUGUAAAUGCGAGUUUUUAAGAUUUUGUGGUUAGUCGUAUAUCAAUCUUAUACAGUGACUUGGUUCUUCGUGUUCAAA